CAGAAGAAAGAGUUAUGGUAACCUUUUAUUUUAUUUUUGUUAAUGAAAGGUAACAAUUUUCAAACCAACCCAUUCCAACCUUCCACAACAUCUCCCCCAAAUUUGGGUUUGUAAGAAAUCAUCAUAUGCUAUUCACAGACAACACCCUUCAUUCUUACUAAAAAUCAUCAUCAAAUCGCUGCUGCUUCCCAGUGGCAUGUGCUCAGAUGUACUCCCUUUCUCUCUCUACUCUGCUGUAUCACUUCACCAGUAGUACAACACCAUAACAUAAUAGUCUCCCUCCCUUCAACCUCCGUUGAAAAUUAAAUAAAUAUCAAAUAAUAAUCCUAAUUUUUAACCUUCUUCUUUCCUAGAUCUUCUCAUUUCUUAUUUUCUAUCUCCUCCCGAUCAUGAAAAUGAAACUCAACUCUACUACUAAUCCUCUCAUUUCUCUUGAACACAAGAGGGAUGCUUAUGGAUUUGCUGUUAGGCCUCAGCAUGUGCAAAGAUAUAGAGAGUAUGCUAACAUUUACAAGGAAGAGGAAGAAGAAAGAUCUGAUCGAUGGAAUAUUUUUCUGGAAAGGGUAUCCGAGUCUGUCCAAUUGCCUGUUGAUGGGGUAGCAGUUGAUGCAGCUGACAACAAAGGUCACAGGACAUCUGAAGCUGAUACUAAUCAUCAAAUAUCAGAUGAAGAUGUUAAUGGAACUGAUACACCUAAUUCAGUUGACAAUGGAGAACAGGAGCCAGUGGUCCCAGCAGUAGAGGAGAAGAAAACUCACAAAGUUCAAAUAUGGUCGAACAUAAGGCCAUCAUUACGUACAAUAGAGGAUAUGAUGAGUGUUCGGGUAAAAAAGAAGAACCAUCUGUCUAAGAGAGGACAGGAUACUGAUCCUCAUAAGACUCUCAAAACUAACGAAGAGGCUAAAUCUUCCAAAGGAGCACCAGAAGAUGAUUCAGAAGAAGAAUUCUAUGAUGUGGAGAGAUCAGAUCCUAUUCAAGAUGUCCCUUCUAUUGAUAGUGCUGCCUCACCUGCAACUACUAACCUUUUUGAAGGAACCAACUUAGACUCUAGUUCUCCAUGGAAAGAAGAGCUGGAAGUCCUUGUUCGAGGGGGACUGCCAAUGGCCCUUAGAGGAGAGCUUUGGCAAGCCUUUGUUGGUGUGAAGGCACGCCGAGUAGAGAACUACUAUCAAAAUCUGUUAUCUGCAGAAAGUAAUAAUGGUUAUAAAACAAAUCAAGAAGAAAUAAAUGAUAAAGAGCCAGGUGUAGAAAGUACAGGACGACGUGAGAAAUGGAAGGGGCAGAUUGAAAAGGAUUUACCCCGUACUUUCCCAGGCCACCCUGCUUUGGAUGAGAAUGGUAGAAAUGCUUUAAGGCGAUUACUUAUAGCUUAUGCCCGGCAUAAUCCGUCAGUUGGCUAUUGCCAGGCUAUGAACUUUUUUGCUGGCUUACUGUUGCUUUUGAUGCCGGAAGAGAAUGCCUUUUGGACCCUUAUGGGUAUUAUGGAUGACUAUUUUGAUGGUUAUUAUUCAGAAGAGAUGAUUGAAUGUCAGGUAGACCAACUUGUUUUUGAGGACUUGGUGCGUGAAAGAUUCCCGAAAUUGGGUUUGUAUCCUCUUGUUAGUAUAAUAAUAUCACUGAUUUUUGUUGUUCUACAACUUCUGAAUGAUGUGACCUCUCUUUUUGCAGUUAACCAUCUUGAUUACUUGGGCGUUCAAGUGGCAUGGGUUACUGGACCAUGGUUUCUCUCUAUAUUCAUGAAUAUGCUUCCAUGGGAAAGUGUUCUUCGAGUUUGGGAUGUGCUGCUUUUUGAAGGGACUCGUGUCAUGCUAUUCCGCACUGCUCUUGCACUAAUGGAGUUAUAUGGCCCUGCCUUGGUGACAACAAAAGAUGCGGGAGAUGCAGUUACUUUGCUGCAAUCUCUUGCUGGAUCAACGUUUGACAGCAGUCAACUGGUCUUGACAGCUUGCAUGGGAUUUCAAAACGUUCAUGAAGCUAGACUGCAGGAAUUAAGAGAUAAAAAUCGACCAGCAGUAAUAGCUGCAAUUGAAGAAAGAUCCAAGGGCCUUCAGGCUCUGAAAAGUUCACAGGGUCUUGCUUCUAAGCUGUUCAGUUUUAAGCAUGAUCCUGGAUCUGUUGUGACAGAUAAAUUAAAAGUUUCUGAUGAAAAAAUGAAUGGCGAUACAACCCACAUGGAAUCUGGUUCAACUACGCCAGAUGAUUACUUUAUUGGCAUGACUGGAGGUGUGGAAAUUGAUCCUGGUUUAGACCUUCAAGAACAGGCGGGAUGGUUGAAGGUUGAGCUAUGCAAAUUGCUGGAGGAAAAAAGAUCUGCAGAGUUAAGAGCAGAGGAGCUGGAGACUGCAUUAAUGGAAAUGGUGAAGCAAGACAACCGUCGACAACUAAGUGCAAGGGUUGAACAAUUGGAACAAGAGGUUUCGGAGCUACGUCGUGUCCUGGCUGAUAAGCAGGAGCAAGAAAGUGCCAUGAUUCAGGUCUUGAUGCGGGUUGAGCAAGAGCAGAAGUUAACAGAAGACGCCCGUAGAUUUGCUGAACAAGAAGCGGCAGUUCAGAGGCAUGCUGCUGAGACUCUUCAGGAAAAGUAUGAUAAGGUUAUUGCUUCACUUGCUGAAAUGGAGAAGCGGGUAGUUAUGGCAGAGUCUAUGUUGGAAGCUACACUGCAAUACCAGUCUGGGCAAAUGAAAGUUCAACCUUCUCCAAGGUCUGUGCAAAACAAUUCUUCGCCUGCACAAAGUAAUAUGGAGCCUUCAAUCGAUGUGCCUCCUAGAAAAAUUAGCCUGCUAGCAAGACCUUUUGGACUUGGAUGGCGUGACAAGAACAAGGGAAAGCCAGCGAACACAGAAGAGUCAAGUGAUAACAAGCCUGUUGAUGAGGUACAGAGCCCAGUCGUGGAACAAGAAAGUAACGAAAGUGAAGCUCCAGAGAAACCAUAAUUAUAUGAUUGUUGUGUUUAUACAGGCAAAUUGAUGAGGUACAUAGUCUGUAUUGUACUGGUCAAGUCCAGUUCAGGCGGGAUACUAAUGUGCGAUCCAAUUAGUAUAGAUAAGUCUUGUUGGUAAUUUUUGAUUCAUAGCUGUUCUGUACCCAGUGUAUAGUGCUCAAUUUUGCAUUUGUUACGAUAUACUAAUAAAAACAUUGUAGAAAUAUAGUUAGAAAGUUGCUAUAAAAAUAUGAGUGAUAUUACAUUUACAACGAUUA